CGCUCGCCCACCGCGACGUGCACACGCUUCCCGAUUGUCGCCACGUUGCGUCACGCCGGGCUAAGCCGGCUAGCUGUCAACUUGCCCACGCGUGGAGAGUCCCCUCGUGGAAGUGCGUGCGUGGCCGGCGUGGACUCUGGCGGAAACGUAAAUAUUUGCCGGGGCUGAAAGUGCCGAAGGAGUCGGAAAGUGCCACGUAGCUAGCCGGCUAACGCGGCUUCAAUCAUCGCCAUUGAGACAAUCGCCCCGCCGCCAUGACGAAAACGUGUAAGACCUGCGGCGGCACCGACAUCGAUGUGGACCAUGCGCGGGGAGACGCCGUCUGCAUGGGCUGCGGCUCCGUGCUGGAGGACAACAUCAUCGUGUCCGAGGUGGAGUUCGUGGAGUCAGGAGGCGGCGGAUCGCUGGCCGUGGGACAGUUUGUGUGCUCAGAAGGUGGACCCAAGCUGCCAUCUUUUGGGGAUGGUCACCUGGGCAGUGUGGGCAAGGAGUCACGCGCUCAGACUCUGCAGAAAGCCAAGCAGCACAUCACCACGCUGGGCCACCAGCUGCAGCUCAGCCGCCACUGUCUAGACACCGCCUUCAACUUCUACAAGAUGGCGCUUGCCAAGCACCUGACGUGCGGACGCAAGUCGGCGCACGUCAUCGCCGCCUGCAUCUACCUGGUGUGCCGCACCGAGGGAACGCCGCACAUGCUUUUGGACCUCAGUGACAUCCUGCAGGUCAACGUGUACACUUUGGGAAAAACCUUCCUAGCCCUGUCCAGAGACCUGUGCAUCAAAGCUCCAGCUAUAGACCCGUGCCUUUACAUUCCACGCUUCGCCCAGCUGCUGGAAUUCGGCGAGAAAAACCACGACGUGUCCAUGACUGCGCUGAGGCUGGUGCAGAGGAUGAAGAGGGACUGGAUGCACACUGGACGAAGGCCCUCCGGACUCUGUGGCGCAGCUCUUCUGGUGGCCGCUCGCAUGCACGAGUUUCGGCGCACCAUCAAAGAAAUCAUAAACGUGGUGAAAGUGUGCGACACCACGCUAAAAAAAAGGCUGGCCGAGUUUGAGGACACGCCCACCAGUCUGCUGACCAUCGAGGAGUUCAAGAAGGUGGACCUGGACCAGGAGUGUGACCCGCCCUGCUUCACUGCAGGCAUCAGGAAGAAGAAAGUCCAGCAGCUGGAGGUGGAGCUGAGGAAGAAGAUGGAUGACAUUGAAGGGGAGAUCGAAGGCUACCAGAACGAGAUCGACACUAAUCUGGAGAGCAGCAGACCCAAGCUCAGAGGGGUUUACGCCGCCUACGCCAAAGAAGACCUCGAGAACGACCUGGACGGCUCAAAGAUGGGCGACGGCACGGCGGAGGACGACGACGACGACGAGGAAGACGACGUGAUCCGCACAGUGGCCAAGCACUUUGGCAAGGAGAUGGCCGAGCUCACCAUGGAGUCGCUGAUGGACUUGGAGCAGAGCGGGGUCGCCCGGGAGGAGGAGGAGGGGGAGGAUGCACCCAAACGGAAAAGCCCUUCGCUGGCUUCCAUCUUGGGGAUGAGCAUGCCCACGGCAGCCUCGCUGGCCCUGGACGAGUCCAACGGCAGUUCCGUCCAAGGAGCAGAAGAUAACGGUGACUCUGUCGAAGGCGGCGAGCUGGACCUCAGCGGCAUUGACGACAGCGAGAUUGAGCUGUACCUGCUGAACGACCAGGAAGUCCAGGUGAAGACGGCCAUGUGGAUCGCCCAGAACUCGGACUACCUCAAGGAGCAAAAAGAAAAGGAAGCCAAGAUCGCCUUGGAGAAGGAGCAAGGCGUCUACAAGGAGAAGAAGAAGCCCCGAGCAAAGCCGAGGAGGCACGCGUCCAUCCGGGCCAACACGGCCGACGAGGCCAUCGAGAAGAUGCUGGAGCAGAAGAAGAUCUCGUCCAAGAUCAACUACGACGUGCUGAAGGACCUUGACGUGAAGCCCCCCGCCGGCAGCCCCGCACGCACGGCCGAACCUUCGAGAGCCCCGACCGCCGCCAGGCUGAGCGGACGCAGCCAGAGACCUGGCCGGGCGCCGCUCAGCCUCAGCACGCCACUCAGCUCGCUGGGGAAAAGAUUACAACCGUUUUGUCACUGGUCAACCCAACAAGAAGAUGGCUAUUGAGCAGCCCUCUGGCCCCGCCCCCCUGCCAGCCGCCCCCGCUCCGUCCUCUGUGCUGGUCGAGAGUGGCCCGGUGGUCUACGAGGAGGGCGCCGCGCAGGACGAGGACGAGGACGAGGAGGAGACCUGCGUCAGCGCCAUGGAACUGAUGGGCGGUCAAGGUUACGGCUGCGACGAUUACGACGACGCCUUCUAGCCGCCGCCCACCCCUGUCCCGGCGGGGUCCACUUUUGCACAUUUUCCACGUUUACACGCUGCGACAACCACCACGGCGGACGGCGGAGACACGAGACGGGUCUCGAGCAUGGUCGCGGUAACGAGGGGGUUCCGUUGGCGGCGUCAGAACGACACAGGAGCUUUUAAUUAGCGUUAAAAUAGGAUCUGACCUGCGCUCGACCCCCCUUGACGUGCUCGCCAUACCACAGACGGGAGGCUUCACCUUGUCAAUAAACAACUCGCUUCCAGUGCUUAAUAACGUGGUCGAGCGGCCGUCUUUAACUCUUCACCUGCCUGACGUUCUCCAACAAACGCUGGCGGAAAGUUCCGUUCUCCUAACAGAACACGAGCACUUAGCUUGAUUAAAUGGAACCCAAGAUUUAUACAGAAGAAAUUAUUUAUUUAGAUUUGUUAGCAUCUUAAUGAGAGUUUGAUAUAUGAAAAUCGCUCUCUUCGAUUUUUUUUUUUUUUUUGAAGUAUGUAUAUAUAUUUAGACUUUUAUCAUUUUUGUUGGACACUGGGGGUGACAGAAAGUGCUGUGUCAGUAAAUAUUUGACUGAAAGAA